AUGGAACCAGUGCAGUAUAGCUACGAGGAUUUUGGUCGGCUGCCCACCUCUGUGGUUCGGAUAAUGGGUUACGAUAUGCUGGAAGUGCCGAAGACCCUAUCCCAAAGGAUACUAAUGCGACUAUAUCGCUUUCUAUGCCUCGGUAGUCACAUCGUCUGCGUGGCGUUCAUGAUAUUUCGGAUUAUGGAGGUGAAAACUAUUGACAGUGUGACGAUGCUGAUGCGUUAUGGCACUAUGGUUACCUAUGUCAUCAAUUCGGAUACGAAGUACUUCACCCUCAUGCAACGAGUUGCCAUCCAGAGUCUGAACUCCAAACUGGCCGAGCUGUAUCCGAAGACCACACUGGACAGACUUCAUCAUCUGGUGAACGAGCACUAUUGGCCAAAACCAAUUGUCUCCGUGAUAAUCAUUUACAUUAGCUCCUCGGCGAUGGUUGUAGUCGGACCGAUUAUUACAUCGAUGGUGUCCUAUUUCACAAGCCACGGGUUUUCCUACAUGCACUGCUAUCAGUACUUUGAAUUCGAUCCUGAAAAGCAAUCCGUUUGGAUAUACGUGGGCAUUUAUGUCCUGGAAUGGCUGCACAGCACUCAGAUGGUCAUCUCGAACAUUGGCGCAGACAUCUGGCUGGUGUACUUCCAGGUCCAGAUUAUUCUCCAUUUCAGGGGUAUCAUACGAUCGGUAGAGGAUUACAAACCCAGCGUGGAUCACGACCUGGAUGAUCAACAAUUCCUGGCUAAGAUUGUGGACAAGCAGGUGAUACUCGCCAAUCUUCAAACGGAUAUCAAUGGAAUCUUUGGCCGAUCGUUGCUUUUGAGCCUGCUGACCACCGCUUCGGUUCUCUGCACUGUGGCGGUUUAUACGCUGAUUCAAGGUCCAAGUUUGGAGGGAUUUUCCUAUGUGUUCUUCAUCGGCACUUCGGCCAUGCAGGUGUAUUUGGUUUGCUAUUAUGGACAGCAAGUCCUGGAUUUGAGUUCCCAAGUGGCCCAUGCCGUGUACAACCACGAUUUUCAUGACGCCUCUAUAGCUUACAAAAAGAUUUUGCUGAUCAUUAUUAUUAGAGCACAGCAGCCCGUGCAAUUGAGUGCCAUGGGGUACCUGCCCAUAUCGCUGGAUACUUUUAAGCAGCUGAUGAGUGUUACUUACCGGGUUAUAACCAUGAUAAGACAGAUGAUUCAGUAG